AUGGAUAACACCCAUCAAGACUCCGGAUCAAAUGCCGGCAGUGUUACUGGUGUGCCCACUACCCAACAAACCAGUCGAGGAACCCAAACAGGCGCUACAAUGACAACACAGCCAGGCUCUUUCCAGCUUUUUGGAAAUUUGCCGCCCGAAUUAAAAUUAAAGAUUUUGAACAUCGCCGCCCGAGAGGUUCCUCGUACCAUCGAGAUGACACCACAAGGAAACCAUCGAGGAUACGCACCUGCGCUACUUGGAGUCAGCCAUAUGGCCCGCGAAGAGGCUUUGAAAGUUUAUAUUGCCUUGCGACCAAGAUCUCUACAGCGUAUCUGGUUCAACCCGGACAACGAUACCCUCAUAUUGAAUAUUGGACUAACGAUGUCAACGAUUUCUCGAACAGCACCGCCUGUGCUAACGUCAAUUGCAUUAGCACCAGCUGCGUUAACACCAAUCGUAUUGCCAGCACCUGAAUCGACGCUAAUUGCAUUACCACUACCUGCAAUGUAUCCAUUUUCAUUAGGGGCGCCUGCCCUGGAUAGACUUUUCUUUUUCCAUAUCGUUGAAGCUAGGAACACACCUGAAAUCUCGCAAUGGAUGGCUUCCAUGGGAAUUAAAUCGUUUGUAAUUAGGUUAGGAUUUUAA